AUGGGCGAGAGAAUCGUUUCGAUCAACGGUACCUCCAGCGAACGAGUGACCCACAACGAGUGCGCCCAACUUCUUCGACAAAGCCCACAAAACGUUGUCCUCGAGGUGUCACCUGGCGACCAAGAGAUGCAAUAUAUGAGCCAAUAUCUUGUCCAGCACUCCGAUAGGCAAAAACAACCGCAUGUCAGUGCUAUGGUAGAUGUAGUGCUCUUCCGAGGCGCUGACGGCCUUGGCUUCUCUAUUGUUGGAGGAAAAGACUCUCCAAAGGGCGAUUUGCCUAUUUACAUCAAAACAGUGUCCGGAGGUGCCGCCCUGCGCAGCGGAAAGCUCAAGCGCGGCGACCAGAUAGUCUAUGUCAACGGAACAUCGCUCGAAGGAUACACCCGGCAGGAUACAGUCAACAUGCUCAAACAUCUCGAGGGCGAAAUUGUCCUCAGCAUCGUCCCUGCCUAA